AUGCCUUUUGAGAAAGGGGGGCUGGGAGUGAAAAAUAUUGCGGUGUUCAAUUCGGCACUUCUUAAUAAAUGGAGGUGGAGAAUUCUUCAAGGACAUAAUGCUUUAUGGUUCAACAUUUUGAAAGCUCGGUAUGGUGAUUUAUCUUUAAAUAUGUGUAGAGGCGAAAGAGGUAGUAAAAUCCCUUACUCCGCGUUGUUUUGGUGGAAGGAUAUUUUAAAGGUAGGUUCUUCAUCUCCCUUUGACCCGAUAGUCAAUUGUAGUAGAGUUUUCAUUCAUAAUGGCUACAAUUCUUCCUUUUGGGAUUCUAUUUGGUUGGAAGGAGAUAUACCUUUAAAAGUGGAAUUUCCGGAAUUAUUCAAGGAGUCUCUUUUAAAGAAUGUUUCGGUAGCGGGUAUGGGCGGGUGGGUGGAAGGGGAAUGA